AUGGCGGACAGCUUGAACCUGUUGGGGGUGGUGGGCACUUGGAUAGCUGCUGUCCUUGGAAUUAUCGCGCUCGCCGGCAUCUUGCCUGUCUAUGUUCUCUACCGACAGACGCAAACAGAUCGCCAUAUUGCGCUCAACAAGGUGCAUGACCCUCAUAAGACGUACAUAACAGCGGGAUACCCGCUAUGGCCGGGGUGGCGGUUCUUUCGAUCAUACAGGGUGCCCGACCUGACAGACGCUCCAACAUGGUCGCAGCUUACGGUUGUUGCAAGGCGGCGCUGCGAGGGGUUUGGAAUACAUAUUUUACGAUCUUUGACGGGAUGGGUGAAUUUUGCAAAUGUCCUGCAGAUUUACAACAUCAAGCCAGCAGGCUCCAAGGGGAAAUUGACCUUCGUCCGCCAAGAAGCCUUGCUGCCUGCCCAUCGCGGUUGGUUGUUGCUGCUAGGAAUAAUUGAUCGGUACUCGGAUCAGAUGAAUCGGCCCGACAAGGGACUGUUUGUUGGUGAAGCAGACGAAGCAGAGAUGGAUGAGUUUGGGCCUGGGGCCAUCUUUGGCAUUAGCGGCGUACUUGAACAUAUUGUCGCUUCGCCUUUACGGCAGGAAGAUGUUGAGUCUGGACCAGGACCGGUGGAUAAAGUGGCAUUUCGCAUGCAUUCCGUACAGCACAUGGCCAGGGUAUCGGAUUCUUUUCUACAUGGUGACGAUAUGGCUAUUUUAUCGUUGGUUGCCUUAUAUCUUGGCUAUCUGGUUAGCGUUGAUGGGAAAGAGCAUUAUGACCUUGAGACGCCGGAUAACAUAGCUGUGUAUGUUUCGGCGCACCGUCCUGGUCGAGGUGAGGAUGCUUCUCAUAAGAUCUGGAUCUGGGACCAGAAACCAAUGGACAGUCUACCGUCUCAACAAAGAAGACUGAUGCAAGAGCUGGGAAUUAAACUGCCGCGAGUCCUGAAGCUGAAGGAAAUCGUAGCUCCCAACCAAGUCAUCUUCAGCCAGAUGCCCCAUGAUGCUGCUCAAAGCUAUCGACUUAUUUCGAGCAAGUGGCCAGGAAUCUGGAUGACUCGGUCCAGUUUACAUACUCUUGUGCUUGCGGUUUUGAGACUGAAAAUUACUCAGCAGUCGUUUCUUUUCGACAGCCCGGAGUUUAACCACGACAUAUUAAGCCAUUUAUUUGAGUCGCGAAAUUUACUGACUUUUGCCAAGACGACGGAAGAGUUUACUAGGAACUUGGAUGCCCUCACACAAAGGGAAAAACAGGAUCUGGAACGAUCAUUGCUGAGUGUGAAGGAGAAUGCACCCAAGCUCUCUACUAGGAUGGAAUGGAGCCGUACGAGAAUGGACGCCUGCAUCUCACUGGACAAGGUGCUGGAUGAGAUUUGCCAAAAGAGAGGCAAGCUUCUCUGCUGCGUCAUCUCCAUCCUCUAUAUGCAAGAAGAGGACUUUCGAUCUAUAUGUGAAACGUACAACUAUGAUGACCCCGAAGUGCUUGCGAGUCAAUUCAUAGUGGACUUGUCGUCGAAAAAGGUUCUGGCGCCACAGGCUUAUAUUGGAGGCGAAGAUGAGUUUGAGGAGUUCUAUUUUGAUUUUCCGACAGUCUUCUCGGACGCCGAAUUACUUGACGUCUGGCCUACGCCUAUGAACCGAUAUCCAGUGCCUAUUUCGMUGCCACUCGCCAUGAUAGCAUGUCUGCGGGGACACUUGAGGAUGGCUAUAUGGGACAUGAAACUGUCUAGCUCACCAUUGGCCAAUUUCUAUCGAACGCUGCGCAGUGGUGUCGUGCAUAUUGCGUCCCAGGAAAUACCACCACCAGGCUCUCUCUCGAUGCGGAUGCCGGAAUUCUUUCCUCGUUCUCCUUCUCCUCUUCCUAUUCCCAGCGAUGACUAUGAGCUGCGUCAGCGCGUCGUGGGUAGAGGGAGAACCUAUAUCGAAAGCGUAUAUUCCUUGUCUGCUGACUUUGCCGAAACAAAUUCCGGCAUUACAACAUCAUCCGUCGCCCUGGAAGGCCACGCCGAAGAUGGCUACGUGACCGCUCCAGAAGAAGAUACAGACGACGAUGUAAGUGUUGUCAUAAGGACAAAACCACUACCGCCACCGUCUCCAGAAAAUUCCGCCUCAGCUUCCUCUGCGUCACCGCAACAGGUUGACCAAGUUCCUGUCUCGCAUGAUGAGGAGGCAGAAUGCGUAGUUCGGCUUUCUGUCCUGAGAAGCAUGUUGACUAGCGAUGAGUCGGUCAGAGUAAAUGCUCUCGAAAAAAUUGAGAGAUCUAUAGACCGACAAAGAGGAGAGACGCAGAUGCAGAAGGGAAUACUACCGUCCAAAUACCAAGAAGGCAGGGAGAGGACCAUAGAGUAUGCUCUUGACCGAGAGUACACUACUACGAGAUCCGGUGAGCGUCGCCGAUACCGAGGGAUCCUUUCUGAUGGACAUAAGCGCAGCUCAGUGUCGCAUCGUGAUGGCAAACAAAAAGAUGCAGCUGGGAGAAGUAAACGGCACCCACGGAAUAGAGAAGUUAGGGAAGAAGUAACCAGGGGUGUAACUGGGACAACACGGCGUCGUCGGAAAGAGGUGCAGGACGAAGAGAGCGAUGCGGGGAUGAGGGAUCCGUUGCCGAAAGGUACUAAUUAG